AUGAAGAAUCAGGAAGAACUUGAUACACCGGAAAAAUGGGUAGAAAAGUGGCAAGAUAAGUUUCAAUUUGCCCUUGAAUAUGCAAAGUUCUAUAUUUGGUUCCCGCGUGCCGUUGCUAACCUGGCCGUGAGCGGGGAGCGCUUCCUAGUAGCCAGCGGCAACUGCUGGUACGAAGUGGCGCCUUCGCUGGCGUGGAAGGAGGAGCGCUACUGCGAGCCGCAGGGCAGUUCCUGCGGGAAGCCGGUGGCCUCGGUCAACAAGCUGCUGCUGCCCUUCGGUCGCGACCGCUUGCUCACCUGUUGGACUCAGCCGCGAGGCGUCUGCUACGUCGAAAACCUCACCGAUGGGAGCUCCCCGGAGAAGUUGGGCGACGAAUUGGUGACCUACGCGCCUAAAGGCGCGGCGGCCGGGCUGUUGUUUUGCGACAAUUGCUCAGACUGGUCCUUGGUCGUGGCCACGACCCACAAGCUAAACAAGUGCUUCGAUGAUCCCUCGGCCAGCCUCGCCAACAAGGCGGUCUUCCUCAUCAAAGUACGCGAGAAAAGAGUGGACGAAAACAGCCAGGUGUCCAUGAAGGAGGUGUACAACCUGCACUUCGAGGAUGCCUUUCGCUGGCAGAAGCACUUCUUUUUCCCUUAUUGGCAUAACAAUGGAAACACGGAGGCCAAGAUGCUCAUCGCCCGCUAUAAGGAAAACGCCUUCCAGCACAAUAGCCAGCUCCUGCGAUGUGGCGCCGGCAGCGAGACCAAAGUUCUUUCCUCGGCGUACCUGGAGCAACGCGGGCUCUGGGCCGGGAUUUUCGGCUCAGCCUCAGGUCCCGCCACGCCGACUUCCACGAGCCUUUGCAUCUUUGCUCUCGAAGAGCUGCUGGAAAAUGCGAAAAGCUGCAGCUUCAGCGAGCCCUCCACUUCCGAGUUCCAUUCGGAAUCCGAACCUCCAGACACGUGUAUAAAAGUUAUAUGGCCAAUCAACAACUCAACUUCUCUGAGUCACUUUAAUUUGGUUUCAGUUUAUGCCACUGUGCUUCUAAAGAAGAUUGUUUUAUUUUUAGGGACAGGAAAUGGGCAGCUGUUGAAGAUUGUUCUUGAUGACAAAAUGAAGCCAAAUUGUCCAGACAUUUUAUAUGAAAUUAAGGAAGAAACACCCAUUUUCCAUAGGCUUGAACUUGACCCUACGGAUCAGAAUUACAUCUAUCUACCAUCUAAUAAUAUGAUCAGGAGAAUACAGGUUGCAAAUUGCAGCAAAUAUAUUUCCUGUAGAGAUUGUUUAUCUGCAAUGGACCCACACUGUGGAUGGUGCCAUACAAAGAAAAGCUGCACUUUAAAAGGAGAAUGUUCAUUUUCUAGUAACUCACCUAACUGGGUAAAUAUUUCAUACAGCAUAGAUAAGUGCCUGAAAAUCUACACUUCUCAACUCAAAAAUAGUAAGAUUCGUAUGAGAGUAGAUGUAAAUUCUUUUGGUCUUUCUGAAGCACAUUCCCGUUGCAAGAUGUUAAAUAUAAGGACCAAUGAAAUUCUUUGUGAUGUGAAUCAACGCCAUCUGAACUGUUCCUGUGAUAUAAAUUUUGAAGAUCGAUCAGAAAAAGUUCAAGUGUCAUUCAUUUCAGGAACUUGGAAGUUAUCAGAAAUAUUUGAAUUUGACAUCUGUUCCUUAUCAAAAACAUGCUCAGAAUGUAAUCAUACGCACUGUACCUGGAAUGCUAGAGAAAAAAAAUGUGUUAUCUCUACCAUGACUUGUGCCAAAAAAAUUGAUUGUAGUAGUGCUAUCAAUGCAUUAAACAAAAAAGAUCAUUCAGCAACAUCAAAGCCUAUCAAAAUUAUUUCCAUUGAACCGAACUACAUAUCAACAUUAGGUAAACCUGAAGUGCUAGUCAUAGGAGAAAACUUUACAAAAUCAAAUUUUUUGAUGGAGAUAACUGGAACAAGCAGCUGCCAACGAGAUGUGGGAUAUGUUACUAAAGUGUUAAACGACACACACAUGAAAUUCUGUUUACCACCAAGUCGUAAAGAAGUCAAGAGUGCAUGCAUAAAGGAAAACGGGUUUGAAUGUUCAGCCUCUCUUCCACUACGUUACGUCUCUUUUCCAUCAUGUUCUGAGAUCCUUCCAAAUAAUACUUGGAUGAGAGGAGGUCGCAAUGUGACUAUACAUGGGAAAUAUCUGAGUAUUGCAGAUGAAGUUAUUUUAAGUGACUUUCCACAAAACCUAAUGCAUUUUACUUGCUACAAAAAUAAUUUUGAAUGCAGUUUUACAACCCCAGCUGUUAAGGUGGAGAAAGGACCCAAGAUUAUUAACAUUAUUCUUAAAGUUAAAAAUAUUAAUAUAUCUUGCGUUGACUUUCAAUAUUAUCCUGAUCCUAAAUUUCUUCAUUAUGAACUCAUAACUGAUUUGGAACCUGACCUGGAAUUGAAAAUACAUAAAAAAAAAGACAACUUAAAUCUUUCUAGACAUGAACUUGAAGUUUUCUUAUCUGAUAACAAUCUGAUCAACAUAACAUUCAAUGUCCAAAAUAUUUCAAAAACAGCUACUCGUAACAUAAUACACUGUAGAGCUAGACAGGAAAAAAACCUUAUCAGCAAGAUUAACAAGUCAAGCAUGAAAGUUUAUGUCAAGGUGGGGAAUUUUGUGUAUGAAGUUCCUAAUGAAAACAAGAAUUAUUCAUUCUUCUACAUUCUUUUGUUAAUCCCAAUAGUAAUUGUGGUUGCAUUUUUUGUCACCCAGCGAAAGUCCAAACAAUUAAAUCGAAAAUUGAGUGAACAUCUGGAGCUAUUAGAAUGUGAACUUCGUAAAGAAAUACGGGAAGGGUUUGUUGAACUACAAGUUGAAAAAUUGGAUAUAAUUGAUAGUUUUGGAACAAUUCCAUUUCUUGACUACAAGCAUUUUGUUCAUAGAACUUUUUUCCCAGAGACUAUAGGUAUUUCAUCUAUAUUUAUUGAAGACUCUAAUGAACCACUAAGCAAAGACCAGGGUCUAUAUGCAUUAAUUUGUAACAAACAUUUUCUUGUUACUCUGAUUCACAUUCUUGAAAAACAGAAAACCUUUGAUCUGAAAGAUAGAUGCUUGUUUGCAUCGUUUUUGACAAUUGCACUACAGACCAAUCUAGUCUAUUUAACUAAUAUUCUAGAAGUUUUGACAAAAGAUUUGAUGGAGCAAUCUAGCAAUAUACAACCUAAGCUGAUGCUGAGGCGUACAGAAUCAGUAGUAGAAAAGCUGCUUACAAACUGGAUGUCAGUUUGCCUUUCUGGUUUUCUUCGGGAAACAGUUGGGGAACCAUUCUUUUUACUUGUAACAACUUUAAAUCAAAGGAUUAUCAAGGGUCCUGUGGAUGUAAUAACUUGCAAGGCCCUAUACACACUAAAUGAAGACUGGUUACUCUGGCAAGCCCCUGAAUUCAGCACAGUGGUAUUAAAUGUUGUCUUUGAAAAUAUCCAAGAAAAUGAGGCCAGUGGUGCUACUCAGAAUAUCCAAGUUAAAGUACUGGAUUGUGACACCAUUGGACAGGCCAAAGAGAAGAUCCUACAGGCCUUUCUGAACAAGAACGGAUCCCUAUAUGGUCUCCAGCUAGGAGAAAUGGGGCUGACUGUUGAGUCUGUUUCCCAAGAAAAAGAACUUCUGGAUGUAGAUGGUUCCUCAGUGAUUUUGGAAAAUGGGGUUACUAAGCUGAACACCAUAGGUCAUUAUGAGAUUUCAGAUGGAGCAAAAAUGAAAGUAUUUAAGAAGAAACAAGAUAUAUCAGCUGAUGGAGAAUAUUCUGAGGACUAUUGCCAUCUGAUAUUACCAGAUGCAGAAGCAGCCAAAGAAACACAGAGUGCAAAACAUAAAGGAAAACAAAAAUUUAAAGUCAAAGAAAUGUAUCUCACGAAACUUCUCUCUACUAAGGUUGCUAUCCACUCAACUGUUGAAAAGCUCUUUAGAAGCAUUUGGAAUUUGCCUAACAAUAAAGCCCCAGUUGCUAUUAAAUAUUUUUUUGAUUUUCUGGAUGCUCAAGCUGAAAAUAAAAAAAUUACAGAUCCUGAUGUGGUUCAUAUCUGGAAAACCAACAGUCUGCCUCUUCGAUUCUGGGUGAAUAUUCUGAAGAAUCCUCAAUUUGUCUUUGAUAUUAAAAAGACUCCACAUAUAGACGGCUGCCUGUCAGUCAUUGCACAAGCAUUUAUGGAUGCAUUUUCUCUGUCAGAGCAACAAUUGGGAAAGGAAGCACCAACAAAUAAACUUCUCUAUGCUAAGGAUAUACCACUUUAUAAAGAGGAAGUUAAAGCUUUCUAUAAAGCAAUAAGGGAUUUGCCUCCAUUGUCCAGAGCAGAGCUAGAAGAAUUUUUAAUUCUGGAAUCACAGAAACAUGAAAAUGAGUUUAAUGAGACCGAGGCCUUGAAUAAAAUUUAUCAAUAUAUAACAAGAUACUUUGAUAAGAUACUGAAUAAAUUAGAGACAGAACGAGGGUUUGAAGAAGCCCGACAGCAACUCUUAAAUAUAAAAGGUUUAAUGGAUGAGAAGAAAAAAUGCAAAUGGGUUUAG